CGAGGACGCUUCUAAAUGCAGCACCGCUCGGCCCCCGUCUCACUGCCAGCACGCACAGCGACGCCAACUUCGCCUCUCUCUCUCUCUCUCUCUCUCUCUCUCUCUCUCUCGCUGCGAAGAAUCUCCGCUGGAUCUGGAGCAUCGGGAUCGAGCCGCGCCGGAGAUUGCUGCGGCUGCGGCGGCGGCGGCGGCGGCGGCGUCGGCGAUGGCUGCGAUGUCCGAAUCGCCGGGGAGCCGCCGGAGCUCUCUCGCCAGCUCGCCCGAAGCUCCGGCGACGGACAACGGCGGCGGCGGCGUCGGCGGCGGCGGAGGAGGCAAGCAGCUGGACAAUGGAGAGGCCGCCGGUGCUGCCGAGGCUUCGAGCGACGGCGAAGGCGGUUUUCCAGGAUAAUGUCUAAAGUAAACACCUUGCCUGUGGGAAGGUUAAGUUCUGAAGGAGAGGAAUCAACUUCAAACCAGGUCAGGUUGGAAAGAGCGAAGACUGAGAAACCGAUGGCCCCUAAUAUACUUGCUGAGGAAGCUGCCCAAAUUUUUGAUGACAAAAUUCCUGUCCAGCAGAAGCUUCAACUGUUGAGCAGACUAGCUACUGUGAAAGAUGGAACUGUGGAAUUUGAAGUUCCAGUUGAUGUUCAAGCUCAAUCUCUUGAUGUUCGACCCAAAGAUGCUUGCGAUGAAGUUGUUGAUGAUGAGCCCCUUGAUGCCAUGGACCUUCAGUACAUACCGCCCUUGCAGAUAGUUAUGCUUAUUGUGGGUACUCGUGGAGAUGUGCAGCCUUUUGUUGCUAUUGGCAAACGCUUGCAGGACUAUGGCCAUCGUGUUAGAUUGGCGACUCAUGCCAACUUUAAAGAGUUUGUUUUAACUUCUGGGUUGGAGUUUUUCCCUUUAGGAGGAGAUCCGAAAGUUCUCGCUAAUUACAUGGUUAAAAACAAGGGCUUUUUGCCAUCAGGGCCUUCAGAGAUACCAAUUCAGCGUAAUCAAAUGAAAGAAAUUAUAUAUUCUUUACUUCCAGCUUGCAAGGACCCAGAUAUUGAUUCUGGCAUUCCAUUCAAAGCAGAUGCCAUCAUUGCCAAUCCCCCAGCAUAUGGGCAUACUCAUGUGGCGGAACAUUUAAAAGUACCACUUCAUAUAUUUUUUACUAUGCCAUGGACACCAACUUCCGAAUUCCCACAUCCUCUAUCUCGCGUCAAGCAGCAAGCUGGAUACAGACUGUCCUACCAGAUUGUCGAUUCCUUAAUUUGGCUUGGCAUACGGGACAUGAUAAAUGAUGUUAGGAAGAAGAAGUUAAAGCUUCGUCCUGUCACAUAUUUGAGUGGUUCACAAGGCUCUGAUAGUGACGUGCCUCAUGGAUACAUAUGGAGCCCUCACCUCGUUCCCAAACCAAAAGACUGGGGACCCAAAGUUGACGUGGUUGGCUUUUGUUUCCUUGAUCUUGCCUCGAAUUAUCAACCUCCUGAGCCUCUUGUGAAGUGGCUUCAAGCUGGUGAAAAGCCUAUAUAUAUUGGGUUUGGUAGCCUUCCUGUUCAAGAGCCUGAAAAGAUGACCCAGAUAAUUGUAACAGCAUUGGAAGAAACUGGACAGAGGGGCAUCAUCAACAAAGGAUGGGGUGGUCUUGGAAACUUGGCAGAACCAAAGGACUUUAUAUACCUGUUGGACAACUGCCCUCAUGACUGGCUCUUUUUACAGUGCAAGGCUGUGGUGCAUCACGGUGGCGCCGGAACAACAGCUGCUGGUCUAAAAGCUGCUUGCCCAACAACCAUUGUUCCUUUCUUUGGUGAUCAACCUUUCUGGGGAGAACGAGUACAUGCCAGAGGUGUAGGUCCCCUGCCAAUACCAGUAGAGGAAUUCUCACUUCCCAAAUUGGUUGAUGCAAUAAAGUUUAUGCUGGAUCCCAAGGUCAAAGAGCGCGCAGUUGAGCUUGCAAAGGACAUGGAGAACGAGGAUGGGGUGACUGGAGCGGUGAAAGCAUUCUUUAAGCAUCUGCCCCCUCGAACACCCGUUCAAGAGCCCGAGCCACCACACUCAAGCAUCUUCUCUUUCAGUAGAUGCUUUGGUUGCGCAUGAAUUGACGGUGGCCAAUCUCUUUAUGUGCUCACUUCUGGAUCUCGGCUUUCUUAGCAGCACUCCCGCAAGAGUAUGGUCUCCCAAUGCCUUUUUAGCAACGGAAACUACUAGCCCAUAGUCAUGAAUUCGUUUGUACAGAUUUAGGGCUCAAGUCCCUUUUGUUGUUGUUGUAAUUAUUCCUAUUCUUACUAUAGUAAAUAUUCGGUGGGAGCAAAA